AUGGGUUGCGGAAUCUUGACCACGUAUUCUCAGAUCGCUAACAUCUCUGGAUUGCAUGGCCUCCUUGUGUACACAUUGACAGGAUCAAUUCCAUUACUUGGUUUUGCGGCCAUUGGUCCCCUAAUUAGAAAGAAAUGUCCAGAAGGAUUCAUACUUACGGAAUGGGUGAGACAAAGAUUUGGUACGAUAACAGCCUUGUAUUUGUCCUUCUUCACGUGCUUGACGAUGUUUCUUUUCAUGAUUAGUGAGCUUGCAGCCAUUAGGACAGCAAUAGAGACGCUAACAGGAUUGAACGCCUUAGGAGCAGUCAUCGUGGAAUGUGUUGUGACGUCUGUGUACACAUCGAUCGGAGGUUUCAAGGUUAGUUUUGUAACUGACAAUUUCCAAGGUGCGUUUGUCUUGAUAAUGGUUAUCAUCUGUGCUUGUGGAAUGGGAUCUUAUAUCCGUAUCGACACUUCAAAGAUCGGAGAAUCGGGUCUUUUGAAAGCAAACGAACUAGGCUGGCAAUUGAUAUACAUAUUAUUUGUAGCCAUUUUAACAAAUGAUUGCUUUAUGGCUGGAUUUUGGUUGCGAACUUUUGCAAGUAAAACUGAUAAAGACUUAUGGAUAGGAUGUUCGAUUGCAUCGUUUGUUACAUUUGUAAUUUGUACAUUGGUUGGAACAACAGGCUUUAUUGCAGUUUGGACUGGUGAUUUGACUGUCGGAGAUGAAAUGGGAUACAAUGCUUUUUUCAUACUUUUAAGCCACAUGCCUCGCUGGGUCGUUGCUUUCGUAUUAAUUUUUAGCAUAUCCCUUUCGACCUGUACUUUUGAUUCCUUGCAAUCAGCUAUGGUUUCAAGUAUCUCUAAUGAUGCUUUCCGUAAUAAGUUACCAAUCAUAUACGUAAGGAUAUUAGUGUUCCUAAUUAUCGUUCCUAUUAUUGUUCUUGCAAUCAAAGUUGCUGAUGAUAUUUUACAAAUUUAUUUGAUUGCUGAUCUUGUUUCAUCUGCCUUGAUUCCUGCAAUAUUCUUAGGAUUGAGUGAAAGAUGUUUCUGGUAUCUCAGAGGGUUUGAUGUUAUGUGUGGUGGCUUAGGAGCUCUUCUUGGUGUUUUCAUCUUUGGUACUGUUUACUAUCAUUCUGCUAAAGAAGGUGGGAAAUUGCUACUUAUUUGGAAUGGGAUCUAUAGUCCUGAAGAUUGGGGUCCUUUUGGUGCCUUCGUUAUCGCUCCCGUGGGCGGCAUACUCUUGACUUUAAUAGCAGCUGCAUUGAGGAUAAGUGCAGAGUAUGUCUAUUGCAAAGCAGCUAACAAACCAUUCAAUUCUUUAGCAAAAAGAACUGAAUCAGUAGAAGUUUCAAGAAAUGAAAUCACUUCAGAUGUGAACUCGCUGGAUCACUCAAAAGCGAAAAUGAAUGAGGGCGACGACGUUUAG